CUAACCUCAAAAACCUCGGAGAUAACCGAAGAUCUUGAUCUCUCAACGAGUGCGACAGGGACAGCGCGAGUAUAAUCAACCCGUGAAUCGGAAACUCGUGCUAGAUUCCUCUACAAAUGGCGCCGCACGUCGAAGCACGCUGACUUGUGUAACCGCACCGUCCGAAGUCGCGCUGCAGCCGAAUCUCUAACCCAGGAAGCCGUCGCUCUUCUAUAUAAUCUGUCGCAGCAGUAGUUCUCGAGGAGUCAAGUGAUAAACAGAGAUGGGCAACGUUCACGCAGCGACAGCUCCGCCUCCGCCGACGAUGGGUUUCCAACCGCCUCCGGCAGCAGAGCCGAAGGACAAUCCGGUCCAGGCAACCCCGGCUGGCCCCGAGGAGUUACCGAACCCUGGCACCAUGGAGGAUCUGCACAAGAAGUGCAAGGAAAUAUUCCCAAUAAACUUUGAGGGUGCUAAGUUAAUGUUAAACAAAGGUCUCAGCAGCCACUUCCAAAUCUCUCACACAAUUAAUAUGAGCUCUGCGAUGCCAUCUGGUUAUAGGUUUGGAGCAACUUAUGUAGGAUCAAAGCAGCUUUCGCCAACAGAAACAUUUCCAGUUUUGGUAGGAGACAUUGAUCCCACUGGAAAUCUCAAUGCCAAUAUUAUCCACCAGUUCACAGACAGAAUUAGGGGGAAGCUAGCUACGCAGGUACAGCGUAGCAAAUUCAGUGCUGUUCAGAUGACAGCAGACUACCGUGGGGACACCUAUUCGUUGUCAGCAACUCUGGGAAACCCAGACAUACUCAACAAUUCUGGAUUGAUGGUUUUGCAUUACCUCCAAAGUGUGACGCCAAAAUUGGCUCUGGGUGGAGAGAUGAUUUACCAGCAAGGCCCUGCAGUUCCUAAUGGAUACAUUUCAAUUGUAUCUUUAGCUGGGCGUUACAUAAAUGGAGAUUCGACCAUUAGUGGAAGUUUAGGUCUGGCUGGCUGUCACCUUUGCUUUUAUCAAAGAGCUAGUCAACAAGUGCAAGUAGGAGCGGAAUUGGAAGUUAAUAGUAGAAUGCAAGAAGCAGUAGCUACUAUUGGUUACCAAGUCGAUUUACCCAAAGCAGAUUUAGUCUUCAAAGGAAGCGUGGACUCGAAUUGGACCGUUGGUGCUGUUCUUGAGAAGAAAUUACAGCCACUGCCAUUCACGUUUGCACUCAGUGGAAUGCUCAAUCACAACAAGAAUCAGUUCAGGCUAGGUUGUGGUCUAAUCAUUGGUUAAUCUGUUGCUUGGUGAAAAUUAAGCCAAAUAUCUCAGCGUAUCGGUUAAUAUUGUCACAGGCACCUUUAAGAGUGAUCCAACUUUCACUUAACUUAACAGAUGACGUAACGAGUUUAUGUUUGUAAUCGUAAUCGUAACGAUAUAUUAAUUGCUUUUAAUUCAACUGCAUUUCGUAAUUUACACAUUGUCGUAAAUACGUUUAUGUAACGAUUUAUCAUUGUUACUCGGCAUUAAACCAAUCUGUAAGGAGCUCUUAGAAUUGACUUUUCUGUUAGAUUUGCAUUAACGGCAGUUUAAGUCAUAUAGAUACAUAAAUGUGUGUAAAUAGCGAAUAGCCAUUUUUUAUCGAAUGUUUUCUUUUUUUUACAUCUAUUAUUUCGUGCCUACAAUGCGCACGAAUCGUGCCUAUCAAUUAGAAAUAAAUUAUGUUGCUAUUCUCAUGCUAAAUCUUCUUGUCAAGUCAUUCAGUUGUGAUUUGGUCGCUAUCCUUUUUGUGGCAUCGGAAGUAGACAGAAUUAAUUAGAUGCUUUGAAUUUUUUGGGUGUUGGACAAACAUGUACAAUAUGUAUUAUAUAAGAAUGCUAGAAUGUCUAACCAAGAGCCAAGCUUCGAAAGAAAGUGGCGAUUUUACAGCUCUGACUGCCCUUGUUUGCUAUUUUAUUUUGGGCUAGCAGUUUGGUAUCCUUUAAUAAUUCUACUUAAAAUUAAACCGAAUCAAUUGAAACACUCUUCAUUUCAAUCAUGCCGAUUUUUAAAGCGCCUUUUCACUAAGUGAUAAAUGUACCAAUGAAAGAGCCAGAGAUAGCGAAAUGGUCGGCGUAUUUCUUUGAAAUAAGCAGCUAUACAGAGACGAUGUCUGCCAAAUGAGAACACUGCAUUUAAUUUUCCAGUGCAUAUAUAGUGUGAGUGUGUGUGAGAGGAAAGAAGAACAAAAAAAAAAACAAUAUCUGCCAUUGAAUAUAUUCUUUUAAUACCGGCAAAAUCUUCGAUGAAGUAUACAUAAAUGUGGGGGAAAGACUUUCAUUAGUAGUGAUGGUUUUACGUCAUCGAUCGUUAAGAUGAAAAAGAAGAGCUCUUACGUAAACUUUUCUUUUUUAUAUAAGUGCGUAUGAAUUUUUUCUUUUGACAGCUAAUUCGUCGAUUUGUACACACUUGUAAGUACAUAUCUAGUAAUAAAGAAGUUGAACUGUUGAUUUAAAACUCAA